AGCUCCGCAGGCCUCCUUCGCGGAGGGAUGGGAGAAGGAUUGGAGAGCACUGAGGGGUCCCGGACGGCUGAAGCACGGGUGCCCGCGUCCUCCACCCAAGUGCGAGGCCCUUUAGGCGUUCUACCACUGCCUCCAUCUUGCUCAUCCUGGGCUUUGGGGGGCAGUAGAGUUGCUUCUUGUAUCUCCUCUGCACUGGAGCGCGCUGCUGGGAGACCAUGCCAACACCCCGGAAGAGGCUGGCUGGAGGAGGCCCAGAUAAACGAUCUGAAAAACGUUCCAAAACUGAGAACUCGGGUGAGGCCUCAGAUCAGGUGGACAGCACAAGGCCUGAGAAAGCCCCAGCCUCUACAAACUGUGAGAAGGCUCCAAGCAGCCACUGGCUCAUGAAAUCAGAGCCAGAGAGCCGGCUGGAGAAAGGUGUGGACGUGAAGUUUGGUAUUGAGGAUCUCAAAGCACAACCCAAGCAGACAGCAUGCUGGGAUGGUGUUCGCAACUACCAGGCUCGGAACUUCCUUAGAGCCAUGAAACUGGAACAAGAAGCAUUCUUCUAUCACAGCAACUGCAAACAACCAGGCAUCGCAGGACUUAUGAAGAUUGUGAAGGAGGCUUACCCAGACCACACACAGUUUGAGAGAAGCAGUCCCCAUUAUGACCCAUCCAGCAAAGAGGACAACCCCAAAUGGUCCAUGGUGGAUGUACAGUUUGUUCGGAUGAUGAAGCGUUUCAUCCCCCUGGCAGAGCUCAAAACCUAUCACCAAGCUCACAAGGUCACUGGUGGCCCCUUAAAAAACAUGGCCCUCUUCACUCGCCAGAGACUGUCAGUUCAGCCCCUGACUCAAGAAGAGUUUAAUUUUAUUUUGAGCCUGGAGGAGAAGGAACCAAGUUAACUGAGACACAUUGCGGGCACAGGCAAGACAUUCCAGAGAAGUCAAGGCAGAAGAUGUGAGACUGUUGGGUAAAUUCCCCUGGGGGUUGCCUUGUACAUAUGUGGGUUUGGUGACUUGUUUUCAAUAAAACUGAAACUGGAAAGCUGGUCUUCUAAACUAGCCUGGGCUGGCUUCUUUUGCCUCACAAGAUGCCAAGACUGCCUCUGGCCAUCUUCCUUCACUACUAUCAGUGGUGACAGCAAAUAGCAGGUGUAGAACCUGUGUUAACCUGGUAUGUUAACAGCCACUGUAACUGAUGGCUGGUCCUUCCACGACAGUCCUCCUCACCUGCUCCUGAAGUCAUCUGGGAUCCUCAGAGCCUUAAACCGUGAAUGGUUUCAAAAUAAGCUGUCAAGUAGUGCUAAAACCAGAAUUCAUUUCUCUGGUACUUCCCAGGGCACUCCCCGUCACUCACUGAGACUGCAGGUACUGUUGCCAGAGUCAGGGCACAUGUGUGUCUUUCUGGAGUG